CUGCGCGCUGGGGGCGGGCAGCAAGGCGAGCUGGAGACCCAAACAGUGAGGGGCUGAUCGGUGUUUGCGGAGGCUCCAGGCGGCCUUUGGCGGCGGUAAUGUCCCCCUGGGCCUGCCUUUAGAGGCUGUACUGUAACCCACACCCUCGGAGACCCCUAAGCACUGUUUGACCGACUCCCAUGGAAAUGGCUCACAUUCGAGACUUCAGUAUCCAGAAUGCCCGCAUGGACCCUGAGGAGCUGUUUACAAAGCAGGAGCGGAUUGGGAAAGGUUCGUUUGGUGAAGUGUACAAAGGAAUAGAGAACAGAAGCAAAGAAGUUGUGGCAAUUAAAAUCAUUGACCUAGAAGAGGCAGAAGAUGAGAUUGAAGACAUCCAACAGGAGAUUACAGUGCUUAGCCAGUGUGAUAGCCCAUAUGUCACAAAGUACUAUGGCUCUUACUUAAAGGGCACCAAGUUGUGGAUAAUCAUGGAAUAUCUGGGUGGGGGCUCUGCAUUAGACUUGCUGAAACCAGGGCCCCUGGAGGAGACUUACAUUGCAACGAUCCUACGGGAAAUACUUAAAGGUUUAGACUAUCUGCACUCAGAACGAAAAAUUCAUCGAGACAUUAAAGCUGCUAACGUAUUACUGUCAGAGCAAGGCGACGUGAAGCUUGCAGACUUCGGGGUAGCCGGGCAAUUAACAGACACACAGAUAAAGAGAAACACGUUUGUAGGAACACCCUUCUGGAUGGCACCAGAGGUCAUCAAGCAGUCUGCGUACGACUUCAAGGCAGAUAUCUGGUCCCUUGGAAUAACUGCAAUUGAAUUAGCAAAAGGAGAACCCCCUAAUUCAGAACUGCAUCCUAUGCGAGUUCUUUUCCUGAUUCCCAAGAACAACCCCCCAACUCUGGAAGGAAACCACAGCAAGCCCUUCAAAGAGUUUGUUGAGGCCUGCUUAAAUAAGGAUCCCAAAUUCAGGCCAACAGCAAAGGAGCUUCUGAAGCACAAAUAUAUCCAACGCUACACGAAAAAAACCUCCUACCUAACAGAAUUGAUCGACCGCUACAAGCGCUGGAAGUCGGAGGGGCAUGGUGAGGAGUCCAGCUCCGAAGAUUCAGACCUGGAAGCUGACGCAGAUGAACGGGAUCAGUGCCCAGUUUGGACGUUCCCCACUGUACGUCCCAGUACGUUAAGCAAGCUUCAGAACGGAAUGCCUGUUCCGACUUCUCAGAAGCCCUUGGAGCCCAUGAAGCGACAGCCAAAAUCAAAGUGCUUGACAACCCUGGUCAACCCCAUGUUCAGAGAGCUACAAGAGAAGCACAAACUCAGCGGUGGGAAUCUGGGUGCCAUUGAAGAGCUGGAGAAUGCGUUUAACCUGGCGGAGGAGUCCUGCCCAGGUAUUUCAGACAAACUGGUAGCGCACAUGGUGGAGCGGGUACGAAGGUAUUCGCUCAGUGGAUCCAGCAAGAACUCAGCACGGUGAAGAUCUCGGCACCUGCAGGGGCUUCCCAAUGCCCUGUGAACCCAGCACCCAACAACACCCCUCCUGCUGCAGUUAGGAAAGCCCGUGGCUACUGAUGCCAGUGCUUCAUGGUCAUGGCGACGAGACUCGAUCACACUGUUGGAUCCGAACUGAAUACCUUUUACUUUUUAAUCACUGCCACCAUGAGGGGUGGCACCAAAUAAGAGGGGUUGAUAUCUUUUUUUGUUUUAAUUAGAAGUUAUAAUAUUUUUACAUUUUCUUUAUAUACAGAGAAGGUGAAUUGAUUGGUGCAUAUCAAACUGUAUUAGUAGAAAUGUACAAUGUGAAAAAGAGACAGUAUCUCUUUUGCUUUCCUGUCUAGGUUUUGUUUCAGAAUUCAGAGGUCAUUUUUUUUUUAAACGAUUUUAAAAAUAAGUACACCGUGUAAUAAGGGUGCAAGUACAUGGAUUAUACACAUUCAGGAUAAAGGGUCCUGAACGGAGGAUAACCUUCCCUGAGCUACUCAUUUUAAGAUGUGGCUACAUUGUGCUGCUAGUGAUUAGGUGAAAGUAGCAAGUGGAGUUGAUGGUGAAGCUUAUUCAGACUUUAAGAUCAGUCAGGCUACACUCUCAAUCCCCUGUGAAGGCAGUCUGGCAAAACAGUAAAAGUGUGUCUUGCCUCUUGGUUCAGGAACCUGUGCCUUUCGGUCACUCACUGGAUCCAUCGGGAGAGGUUUCUCAUCCGUGCAACAUUCUGCGAGAUGGAGCCCUGCACUGAAGAGAGGCUUGCCUGACUCUUAAGCAGCACUGAGUUUCAGUUGGUGGUUCAAGUCAGCAUUUAAAAAGAUUAGCUCAGACUGGCUGGAAGGGAGGAUUUGCAUUCAUACAGAAAGGAUUGAAAAGGGUUUUAUGUAAAGAAAAACACUUGCAUGUAGCUCCAUCAGUGACAAAAGUUCUACUCUUGAAUAUCCCUCAGUCUGAACGAACACUUUCGCCGCCCCCUUCAAUUAAAUGUGAGCCCCCACAUCUUUUUUAAUACUCCCAAUUUACUGAGGCCUGCAGAAGCGAUCUUGUCUCUUUAAAGACCAGUUCCACAAUGCUAAAAGCCGGUGUUGCCUGAAAGGGUGUAGUUCAUACUCCUGUCCACUGGAACAUAGUCGCUUACAUCUGUGAUUAUGCCAAGGCGCGCUCUGUUUGUUUUCCUCCAUCCUGUUGGGUGCAAAGGAUCAAGGUAAUACCUCCAUCCCAGAAUCUCAGUUGCUAGGGGAGAUCUGGCCUGGAGUGUUAAUCAAGCAAAGCCAAUGGACCAGAAUCUAACUCGGAUUGGAUUGUGGAGAAAAUUAACAGUGAAUAUCUGAAACCAGCACUUGGUAUAAUCUGAAACUGCCGCAUUUCCUGACUGCACUGCGUGCUUUAUUGCUGAACAGUUGCCAGUAGCAAUGAGCGACCAGUAGACAGUUAGAAGAAAAUGUGCAUCUCUGUUUAUGGGCAGAUCGAAGAGGUAGAUUCCCAGAAUAUGUUUUACCGUCCCCACCCUCUCCGACUGGUGCAAUCAAUACUCCAGAGAACAGGAAUUCACAAACGUGUUGAAGAAAUGUUGUUUUAAUUCACUUUACAGCAAGUGAGUUGCUGUCGCCAAUGGAUCUCCAUGUUCCAGCAGACAUUGGGAACUGUCUUCAGUCUUUCAACUGAACCACUGUUGGCCAAUGUCUUUAAUGGCAUCGACAUGGACUUUCCUACUGAAUAAACAGGGACAACAUUAGCAGGGUGUGACGAAAUGAACAUUUUUAUCCAUCUAAUCUAAAAGGACAUUUCUUUGCCUCACUUCAUGUAGCUGACAGUAGUUACCAUAAUUUCCUGUAUUCCAUCUUGAUUUGUGUGUUUUCUUUUUCAGAAACUACACAGAUGUUUCAUUGUGCAAAGUAGGAAACCAUUCAGUUUAGAUUCUGUUGUAUAACUUGGGAUCAGUAUUAACUCUGAAUGGAUUCUCUGUAUGGCCUUUAACAGCAAGGCCAGUUACACCAGAUGGUUUUGCUUUUACACCUUACGUUGGGAAGAGAAACACAACGACCGAUGAUACCACCAUGAAAUAUGGACAGCCGAUUGUCCUGCUAGUACAAUGAAAGCCUGACAGAAAUGCCGUGAUGUAGCAUCUAGGAGGAGACAGUAAAAGGGCCAAGUGGAACAAGUGAGAGUUGCAGGUUUUAUUUGAGGGCUUGUAGGGGGAUUAAGUGCAGGAUCUCAACAACCCUUAUACUGAUAACAAUUUUCGGGAGAAAAGACUUUGAACAGUAUUAUCCAAGAAUGGGCAGAGUUAGUAUUAAGAGUAACUGAGAUACCAUUCCUAUAAUGUAAAGGGAAAAAGUGUGCAUAUGUUUGUAAAGGUACAUCCAGACAAAGAACUGACCAGCGUCAAAACAUUCAGGGAUAGCAUUCCCAAGGGAACUCCCACUAUGAUUUAAGUAUAUCCCUAUGAAAUGAUGUGAAGGGCUGUUAGCCAUGUUUCUCUGGGUUUUACCUCCAUCUACAGCUAGGGCUCUGGGGAAAUUGCAACCAGAUGUGUUGUAGAAUUUGGUUUGCUACUGAACACACAAAAAGUGAUUCAACAGAUCAUUUCUUGGCUUCACCUUUCAUCAUGAGCUUCUCCAUCUCUGGGUCGGACACCUACAGUCUGAAGUUCUAAAUUCCGGGUACCUGCACCUCAAUGAGAGAAAAACACACACCAUUGAGGAUUUGAUACACUGUGCCCUCUCGCUGUGUCCCGAAUUGGACCUGCCAUUUGAAUGGAUGAAGAAGUGAACAUAAAGGACUCUAGUUUUUAAACUUCAUAGCCAUGUCAGUGAAACUGGGGAUUGUGUUCCUGUAUGUCCAGUGUUUGUAUACUGCGUGUAUUAACAGUGUACAAGUGCACACCUGGUCCUUGCAACCCAUUUAUUACCUAUUUUAAAGUCCAGUUUAGGUUUGGUUGUAGUUAUUUAUGGUGAAGGAGGGUAUCCGUGCUCUUGGAGCUGCGGAUCGCAUUUUAUAUACAGUGUAAUGGACGAAUAAAAUAUAAGAAUGGAA